AUGGGAGCGUACAACGCGCUGCCGAUUGGCCCAGUGCCCCCGUCCGGCGACGAGACCGGCCUCUUCAAGCAGGACGGCGCCAAGUACAUGGAGUGGCUCGAUACCAAGCCGGCCGAUUCCGUGGUGUACGUCGCGUUCGGGAGCCGGGCGGGGAUGGACAGGGAGCAGCUCGACGAGCUGCUCCUCGACCUCGAGCAGAGCGGGAGGCCUUACCUCUGCGUCGUCCGGAAGGACGUCAAGGCCGAGUUCGCCGAUGGCGAGGCGACGCGGGAGCCCGAGACGAACGCGCGGCUCAGGAACGGCAUGGUGGUGGAGUGGUGCGACCAGGUGCGGGUGCUCUCGCACGCGGCGGUGGGCUGCUUCGUGACGCAUUGUGGAUGGAACUCGGUGAUGGAGAGCCUGGUGUGCGGCGUGCCGAUGGUGUGCGUUCCCCAUAUGUCGGACCAGCGGAUGAACGCGUGGCUCGUCGAGUGCGAGUGGCGCGUGGGAGCCCGCGCGGAGGUGCGCAGCGACGGCGUGUUGCGCUUGCGCGCGACCGGGGUAAGGCAGCGCGUAGAGGAGGUGAUGCAGGAGGGUGAGGCCGGAGCGGGGGCUGCGCGGCGCGCGGCGUCGGAGUGGAAGCGGGUGGUCGCUGAGGCUCUCGGGAAAGGUGGCUCGUCGGAUCGUAAUCUGAGGGCAUUCGUCGAGGCCGUCGAUAGUGGUGUGUCCGUAUGA